CUAACCAAAGUAGCUAACAGCCAAACUCACCCAACCCCACUUCCCCUCCUCACCUCACCUUCCUUCCUCAAAACCCCACUAUUCUUUUAAUCUUUUUCCUUGGCUUUUUCUUCUUUUUUUUUUUUCAUCCUCCAAACCCAAUGCCUUCUUUUUAUUCACUCACUCACUCUCUCUCUCAAACCAUUACGAAACUCUAAAGUGCUAAACCACAGACACUCACCAAAUGUUCCCUAACAUUUUACUUUUUCUCUUCCUCUUUACCAUCCUUCCCUUUCCCUUCCUGAUUUCGGGUGUAUCCAACCCGGACCCGGUAACUAUCCAGUCGUUCCUCCCAAACCCAUCACCCCCAGCAACAAUUCCUGCAUUCCCAGAACAAUCCAACAUCGCUGGCUGUCCAUUAGAUAUCCCAGAUGAGCUUUUCCACAGCGUAAAAUCCGCCUGUGGAAAUGGGCAGCAGCAGCUGCACAAGAGCAGAUGCUGCCCGGUUCUUGCAGCGUGGUUAUACGCUGCCUACUCUGCCACUGCCCUUGGUAGGGCUGCCAGAGUAGCCCCAGCAACAGUGGCAGGGGCCUAUGACAUGCCACUGUUGCCAGAUGACUCGGAAACUUGUGUUGAUGAUUUGGGUAAGGCAUUGAGCCAAAAAGGGGUAGAGUUGGUUAGACCCAAUGAGACUUGUGAUUUGGUGUAUUGUUAUUGUGGGAUUAGAUUGCACCCACUGAGUUGCUCUGAAGCUUUUUCUACUAACCAAGAGGGGAAGCUUGUUGGGGAUAAGAGAGUGCACAAGUUAGAAAGAGAUUGCUUGAGUAGCAGCACUAAUGUCAAUCACUUUCCUGGUCUUGGUGGCUGCUCCAAGUGCUUAAAUGCCCUCUAUUUGUUAAACAACAAGAAGACUUUGAACUCAAGCAAAUCAGAUGAUAGGACCACUAAAAUGCACAAUAAAGAUUGCCAGUUGAUGGGUCUCACAUGGCUGUUAGCAACGAAUAGAACAGCUUACAUUCACACAGUUUCUGCGGUGUUACGAGCUAUGAUGAUGAACGUGGACAGCUCUAAUCCUCAGUCAUGUACUCUUGGUAGUGAUGGAAUGCCAUUGGCUGUUGAUUCAUCUGAAAUCUCCAACAAUUCUUUGUCAGUAACCCAUCAGGCACCCAUCUACCUAUCUGUUGUUUUAAUCUGUUUGUUACAUAUCCUCUUCAUUGUACCAUCCACCAGAUUUUAGAUGAUAGCUUUAGCUUAAUGAAUUGUUGCUAUUAUGACUUGAUUUUUUGUUGUUGUUCUCUGCUGUGUUCUGGUAUGGCAAGCCAAAGUGCACAUUUUUGUUA